AUGACUGCACCCAAAGCUUUCCUGUUCGUGGACUCGUUUCCCGCCCGCACAGACAUAAGGGACAAGGAACUUCUUCGAGCUGAGGCCCUCUCUCAUGCAGCCAAAGCCUCCCAUCGCACAGACCGGCAAGUCGAUUCCACUGAUUUCGCCAGGCGGAAAAAAGCUUUCAAUGUGCAGAUAUCCAAGAAACCGCCAUUGCAACAGCAAGAACAACAAGAAGCAGUACCAACACCAUGGACCAAAGACCCCGAGGGCGGCGAAAAUGAACCUAGCCCUCAUCCGAGUCGCAAAGGGGGAGGCAGAUCUGACGCUGUGCAAAGGUGGCGUCUUCAAUCUGAGAAGCCAUUAAGGCAGCAUAGUGUUCGCGGCACUGGGAAGGGAUCCUCGCCCAGCAAAUGGUCGAACACCCACUGUCCAGCGAGCAUGGAGAUGACCAUCCCGAUGCACAAGGGCAACUCAGAUCCUUUUAAUUCUACUUCUAUCCCCUUUGCUGCUUUCGAUCUUUCUCUGGUCAGGGACGAUCGGCGGUGUCUUGUUGACAUUGUUUGGCCUGCAGAAAUCUGCAUGCGCAAGAACCACCUAGCACUGCUGGAUCGGUUGUGGACUGUCAUGCCCAGUAUCCUCGACUCUCCAGCCGUUGUCCACGCCGUCAUCAGCCACGCACACUACAGCAAGGCUAUGCGCUAUCUUACCUCUGGUCGACGCGACCAGAAUGCUCUCAUCCUGGCUGAGCACCAUAAGCUCCGAGCCGUGAGGAAUUUGCAGCAUCUGCUUGAGGCAUAUCGCCAAUUGGGCGGCCUCGAUUUGCUGAACAGAUCAGAGGUGCUUCACAGCUCGCCGCCUGUGGUGUCAUAUCUGGAGAUACUGGCUCUGCUCAGAUCCAUUUCGCCGGCGUGA